AUGGGAAAUCAGGAUGGGAAGCUGAAGAGGAGCGCAGGUGAUGCUUCCCACGAAGGCGGCGGCGGCGGCGGCGGCGCCGAGGAUGCUGCGCGGCCCAGGGAUGCGGAAACCACAAAGAAGGGGAGCGGGAGCAAGAAGGCGCUGGGCAAGCACGGCAAGGGGGGAGGGGGCGGCGGCGGGGAGCCGGGCAAGAAGAAGAGCAAGUCGGAUUCCAGAGCCUCGGUGUUUUCCAACCUGCGGAUAAGGAAGAACCUUUCCAAGGGGAAAGGGGCCAGCGACUCCCGCGAAGAUGUGCUGGAUUCUCAGGCCCUGCAGAUCGGGGAGCUGGACAGCGCUCAGUCCCUGGUUACUAAGACUCCGGACCUCAGCCUCUCGGCCGAGGAGACGGGCCUGUCGGAUACAGAGUGUGUGGACCCUUUUGAGGUGACCCGUCUAGGUAGCCCUAGGCCGGCCCAGGCUAGGGAAGGGGUCCAGGCGGUCGCAGAGGAUUUGGAAACUGCGGCAGGGGCUCAGGAUGGACAAAGGACCAGUUCUGGCUCGGACACGGACAUCUAUAGCUUCCAUUCGGCUACGGAGCAGGAGGAUUUGCUUUCCGACAUCCAGCAGGCAAUCCGCCUGCAGCACCAACAGCAGCACCACCAGCAGCUGCUGCUCCAAGACUCGGAGGAGCCCGCAGCGCCCCCCACUGCCGCCUUCCUGGGCCUGGAUGGGUUCCUGCUGGGACCCAGCGGCGGAGUUGUUGGGGAGGCCCCGGGCCGCGGGGACGCCGCCGAUCAGACCUUGUCCGCGCUCUCCGCCUUGCCCGAGAGCCAGGCCAGCGAGCCCCCCGCGGCGCGCGAGUCCCCGGCCUCCCCGCGAGACCGCUUCGCCUCCGAAGCGCUCAGCUUCUCCACCGCCCAGUCGGCCGCCGCCGACUCCCCCUCGUCCGCUGCCUUCGCGUUUCCCGAGGCUGGGGCUGGCGAGGAGGCAGCCGGAGCCCUCGUACCCGGGGCUGGGGACACAGACGAGGAGGGCGAGGAGGAUGCUUUUGAGGAUGCUCCCCGAGGCUCUCCCGGAGAGGAGUGGGGUCCAGAGGUGGCCGAGGCCCCGCAGAGACUGGAAGAAGAGCCGGAGGAGCGCACUCCAGGGCCCGCUCUCCCCGCAGCCGCCUCCCUGCCCAGUAGCCCCGCGCCCAGCCCGCGCUGCUUCAAGCCCUACCCGCUCAUCAACCCCUGCUACAUCAAGACCACCACCCGGCAGCUCAGCUCUCCCAACCACUCCCCCUCCCAGUCCCCCAGCCAGAGCCCCAGGAUCAAGAGGCGCCUGGAGUCCUCCCUGAGCCGAGGCUCCAGGGCUGGCUUGGCCUCUGUGGCAGCCCCGGCUAAGAAGCACCGGGUGGACGGCGGCCUGGCCGGGGGACUCAGCCGCUCCGCAGACUGGACGGACGAGCUGGGCGCCCGCGCGCCUGGGGCCGGAGGCUCCGCGCACCUGCUGGGGCGCGGGGCGACAACGGAUCCCAGCGGUGGCGGGUCCCCAGCUCGGACGGCCACGGCGACUGGGACGCCAGCGACGGCGGAUGGCUUCCAAAACGUGUUCACAGGGCGAACUCUGUUGGAGAAGCUGUUUAGCCAGCAGGAGAACGGGCCUCCCGAAGAAGCAGAGAAAUUUUGUUCGCGGAUCAUCGCCAUGGGUCUUCUACUUCCUUUUAGUGACUGCUUCAGGGAACCAUGUAAUCAGAACGCUGGGUCAAGUUCAGCUCCCUUUGAUCAAGAUCAACUGUAUACCUGGGCUGCAGUUAGUCAACCCACACAUUCACUGGAUUACAUAGAAGGGCAGUUUCCCAGGCGAGCCCCAUCUAUGUGGCCACCAUCAAGACCUCCUGAAGAACAACUUAAGGCCAAGGAUGUUGAAACAGAGACUCAGUCUGCAGUUUUGGAAAGUCCAAAAAACGGUUCAAAUGCUGUCCAGCAGGAAGUUUUUGACACAAAGUCGGAAGGACAGGCAACUGUCAUUCAGCAGCUGGAACGCACCAUUGAAGAUCUGCGGACCAAGAUUGCUGAACUGGAGAAGCAGUACCCCGUACCAGAUAUGGAGGUGGCCAGUAACCAUCAAGGGGUUGAGAAUGGAGUCACUCCUUCAGAUCUUGUCUGUCUGGAAGCUCUCAGAAUAGAAGGGAAGGAUUUGCAGCAGCGGAGAGUUUUAGAGGCAAAAUCAAUACAGACGUCUCCAACAGAAGAAGGUGGGGGACUGCCUUUGCCACCAGGGAAUGCACUGCAUGGUCUUCCAUGCCCACCCGGGACUGGAGAUUUACCUGCUGGACCUCAAACAAAAUUCUGCUCAGAGAUUUCUUUGCUUGUGUCUCCAAGACGGAUAUCAGUACAGUUUGACUCCCAUCAGUCCACACCAACUGUAUCACAGCUUCUACCACCAACAUCUCCUCAAGGGACAAAUGGUCAGGGUCAGCCUGGGUCACUGCUGUCCCACCCUUCUCUUCACACUGAAGGUGGAACCAGCCAUGAUCACUCUGUUUCUUCUUCCUUGGAAAAUAGAUGUACUGUUCCACCUCCACCGCCUCUGCCUUCCAUGGAGUCCUCUAGUUCCAUGCCUGGCUUGAACAUGGCUAUGUCUGCUCCUCCCUCCAUCUCAGAUGGGACAGGGCCUGUUCUACCCAGUACAGCAAUCCCCCAACCCCCCCCUCUGCCUGGUACUCAAAUGCUGCCACCUCCUCCUCCUCCUCUCCCGGGAAUGGGAAUACCUCAUCCUCCUCCUCUCCCAGGAACGUGUAUACCCCCACCCCCACCCCUCCCUGGAGUGGAAAUACCCCCUCCCCCUCCUCUCCCUGGAGUAGGAAUACCCCCUCCUCCUCCUCUUCCUGGAAUGGAAGUACCUCCACCUCCUCCUCUCCCUGGAGUGGGAAUACCCCCUGCUCCCCCUCUCCCUGGAGUGGGGAUACCCCCUGCUCCUCCUCUUCCUGGCAUGGGAAUACCCCCACCUCCCCCUCUCCCGGGAAUGGAAGUACCUCCGCCUCCCCCUCUCCCUGGCAUGGGGAUACCCCCUCCUCCUCCUCCUCCUCCUCCUCUGCCUGGAGUGGGAAUACCCCCUCCCCCUCCUCUCCCUGGAGUGGGAGUACCUCCCCCUCCCCCUCUCCCUGGAGUGGGAAUACCCCCACCCCUUGCUCUCCCUGGAGCUACAGUUCCUCCACCUCCUCCUUUGCCAGGUAUGGGGGUUCCACCUGCUCCCCCUCCCCCUGGGUCGGGAAUACCCCCACCCCCACCCCCUCCUCUGCUCCCUGGAUCAGGACCUACACUCUCCCCACAAGUUGGGAGUAGCACUUUAUCAGCACCACAAGUGUGUGGAUUUCUUCUUCCUCCUCUGCCCACUGGCUUGUUUGGAUUUGGGAUGAGUCAGGACAGAGGGAGUAGGAAGCAGCCAAUAGAGCCUUGUCGGCCAAUGAAGCCUCUUUAUUGGACAAGGAUUCAACUCCACAGUAAAAGAGACUCCAGUCCUUCACUCAUUUGGGAGAAAAUUGAAGAGCCAUCUAUAGAUUGUCAUGAAUUUGAAGAAUUAUUUUCAAAAACUGCUGUAAAGGAGAGAAAGAAACCUAUUUCUGAUACAAUUUCAAAGACGAAGGCUAAACAAGUUGUCAAGUUAUUAAGCAAUAAAAGAUCACAAGCAGUUGGAAUUUUAAUGUCCAGUCUUCAUUUAGAUAUGAAAGACAUACAGCAUGCUGUUGUGAACUUGGACAAUUCUGUGGUUGACCUGGAGACACUUCAAGCUCUUUAUGAGAAUAGAGCUCAGUCAGAUGAACUGGAAAAAAUUGAAAAGCAUGGCCGAUCUUCUAAAGACAAGGAAACUGCCAAGUCUCUGGACAAACCUGAACAGUUCCUUUAUGAGCUGUCGCUCAUCCCCAACUUUUCAGAACGGGUCUUUUGCAUCCUCUUUCAGUCCACAUUUUCAGAAAGUAUUUGCUCAAUUCGUCGCAAAUUGGAAUUACUCCAGAAAUUGUGUGAGACAUUAAAAAAUGGCCCCGGGGUGAUGCAAGUCCUGGGUUUGGUUCUUGCAUUCGGCAACUACAUGAAUGGUGGCAAUAAGACUCGGGGUCAGGCAGAUGGCUUCGGAUUAGACAUUCUCCCAAAGCUGAAAGAUGUGAAGAGCAGUGAUAACAGCAGGAGCCUUUUGUCAUACAUUGUUUCAUAUUACCUUCGAAAUUUUGAUGAGGAUGCAGGAAGAGAACAGUGUGUCUUCCCACUGCCAGAACCUCAGGACCUUUUUCAAGCAUCCCAGAUGAAGUUUGAAGACUUUCAAAAAGAUCUCCGGAAGCUAAAGAAAGACUUGAAAGCCUGUGAGGUGGAAGCGGGAAAGGUGUACCAGGUCUCUUCAGAAGAGCACAUGCAGCCCUUCAAGGAAAACAUGGAGCAGUUCAUCAGUCAAGCUAAAAUUGACCAAGAAGCAGAGGAGACUUCCUUGACAGAGACACAUAAGUGCUUUUUAGAGACUACAGCCUAUUUUUUCAUGAAACCAAAAAUUGGAGAGAAGGAGGUUUCCCCAAAUGUUUUCUUCAGUAUCUGGCAUGAAUUCAGUUCCGACUUUAAAGACUUUUGGAAGAAGGAGAACAAGCUUAUUCUGCAAGAGAGAGUAAAAGAGGCUGAAGAGGUGUGUAGACAGAAAAAAGGAAAAUCACUUUAUAAAAUAAAACCAAGGCAUGACUCUGGAAUUAAAGCAAAGAUAAGCAUGAAAACAUGAAUUCUGACAGCAAAAUGAAACAGUCACAACAGCCACUUCUCCAAAAUUCAUCUGACUUGAGGAUGGGAAGGAAAUCACAUCACUCUGAUAAUUUUUCUUCUUAACUUCCUGCAUAAUAUUUGUAUUUCCUAGACAGUUCACUGAUUAUUGAAUUUUACUGUAUGUUCAUUUAAAAUGCAAAAAUCACUAGAACAGUGGAAAUUUUCACUUCUUUUUGUAAAAGCUCAUGGUAUAUUAUACUGGCAGACCCGAACGGCAUGUAUGAAAGGCAGUAUCUGCAUUAAUUCUGAACAUGCUAAACAUUAACCUACAAUUCAGUUUCAUGGAACUCUUCUUUGUCACAGCAAAAUCACUUUUUUUAAUGAGCAACCAGGACACCAUCUAUGCAUUUAAGACAUGUG